CAACAAGCAGCAGCAGGGAGACAAACAGCGGCGUGCAGCGUGCAAACCACACACACAAACACACGCACACAAGCAUCCACUCUCAUCGUGCUCCCAUGCCUAACCUCCCCCCUCCACCAAACCCCCCCCCCCUCCACCAAACCCCCCCCAACACCUCUUCCCAACACAACACAACACAACACAACACAACACAACGCACCAAAACGCACGAUGGCGCCGUCGAUGAAGCGGAGGCUGCACCCGAUGCCGCUGCUUGAUGAAGGCCUGGUUCUGGAGGAAUGCACCAAGCUGGGCAUCAACCACAAGCACGCCUACAAGAUGUGGCGACACAUCAUCGCCAGGGGCGUCACGGACGUGGAGGAGAUCCCGGAGCUGCCCAAGGCGCUGUACAAGCUUGUCAAGGAGAAGUUUGUCAUCACCACGUCCAAGCUGGAGAGCUUCAAGACGUCCGCGGACGAGUCCACCACCAAGCUACUCAUCCGCCUGCAGGACGGCGCGCUGGUGGAGACGGUGAUCAUGCGCUACGGCCGCGUGGAGCUGCGCAACUUCCCCUCGGACCGCCAGCGCCGCACAGAGGACGGCGAAACCGUGUUUGCCAGCAAGGAGCGCGCCACCGUGUGCGUGUCCUCGCAGGUCGGCUGCAAGAUGGGCUGCACCUUCUGCGCCACUGGCACCAUGGGCCUGCUCAGCAACCUCACCGCGGGCGAGAUCCUGGAGCAGCUCUACCACGCAAACACCGUGGAGAAGAUCCGCAACGUCGUCUUCAUGGGCAUGGGCGAGCCCCUGGACAACUACGACGCCGUCGUCAUGGCCGUCAGGGGCAUGACGGACGUGCAGCGCUUCAGCCUCUCGCCCUCGCGCAUCGCCGUGUCCACGGUCGGCGUCGUGCCCAAGAUGCUGAAGAUGGCCGAGGACAUCCCGCAGGUUGGCCUGGCGCUCUCCCUGCACGCGCCAACGCAGGAGCUGCGGGCGCAGAUUGUGCCCACGGCCAAGGCGUGGCACAUUGACCGUAUCAUGGCGGCCAUGGACAACUUCAUCGAGCACCGCUCGCAGGUGGCCUCGCGCAAGUCGCACGUGCUCAUCGAGUACGUCCUCAUCGACAACGUCAACUCGUCGGAGGAGGUGGCGCACCAGCUCGGGCGUCUCCUGGAGGGGCGGGAGGUCAUCCUCAAUGUCAUCCCGUACAACCCAACAGACGUGCCGCACGACUACAAGGCGCCGUCCUCGGAGACGCUGGAGAAGUUCAACGCGGUGCUGCGCGAGUAUGACCUGCGCACGAUUGUGCGGCAGGAGCUUGGCCAGGACGUCAACGCGGCGUGCGGGCAGCUCGUCAUCUCCUCCCAGAGGAACAACGGCGCCACCGCGGGCACAGGCGGCGGUGCGUGCCAGCCAACAGACAUCGAGGACAUGUUCCAGCUUGGGCGCUCAGACAACAGCAACAGCGGUGCGGGUGAUGCGAGCAGUGCAACGGCCCGCGGAAGCUCACUUCGCCGCCGCGUGGGCGGACAGGCAACGGACACGCAGGCCAAGGCACAAACGACAGCGGAGAAGGUGGAGGCGAUGAGGAAUCGUAACGACGCGCGGAGUGGCGUUGCGUCGCAGCGACUGAAGACAACCAUUCGCACAACAGAUGCGCAGGAGCGCCUGAUUGCCGGCCUGGACAACCGCGUUACAUAUGCACUCAUUGUCUUCUUUGUGCUUGCAGGCAUUCGCUUGCUCUUCAAGCUUUUCCUCAUCUCACAGCAGCACAGCAAGCAGCAAUGACGUGUGGACAUGUGUGUGUGCGUGUGUGUUGUGACGUGCGUGCUGUGAUGUGAUGAUCUUUGCGUGUGUGGAAGUAUGCUUGAACAUGUGUUGGUUGUGCAUGUGUGUGAACGUUGACGCGUGUGUUGUGCCGCUUUAGCUUCAUUAUGCAUCUCUCUCUCUCUCUCAUUGCGUGUUGUAUUUGCUCAUUCUCUUCUCUCAUUGGCUCUUCUUGGCCCAGCGCUGACUGGACCGUUUUGCUGUUACAUAAAGGACAUGUUUUCAUUCGUUUCAUCCUGACAAAGCUAGGCCAAAUUAUACCAACACAACCACG